CGCACUUCUAUGAAUAGGCGGAGAAUAAUCCACCAUUGCUUUACUUUUUUUCUUUCUAUGUUGUCAAAUGUGAACUUACUAACCUUAAUUAAGUUUUGAAGACCGUAUCGAUCUGACUAAGGCAAGAAGGGAUUCUCUUUUACCAUAUAAAGGAGUGAAACUGAAGAAAAUGGAGACUACCAUAAGGAACAAGCAAGUCAUACUUAAGCAUUACAUAAAUGGCUUCCCUGAAGAAUCUGAUCUAAUGAUAGUCACAGCUCCAGACACUAUGGAACUUAAGGUUAAGCCCGGAUCAUCGACAAUUCUUGUGAAGAAUCUUUUCUUGUCUUGUGAUCCUUACAUGGGUACUUUCAUGAGAGAACCAGACUCCGGAUCAUCAGAGGUUGCGGUGGAAACUUUAUCACUUUUGGAUGCUUUCAUCCCUGGGAAGCCCAUAGCUGGAGUUGGAGUAUCUGAGGUGAUAGAUUCUGAUGAUCCAUGUUUUGCAAAAGGAGAUUUUGUUUGGGGAAUCGUUGAUUGGGAAGAGUAUAGUACUGUUAACUCUUUUGGUAGAUUCAAAAUCGAUAUCAGUAUCAAUGUUCCUCUCUCUUACUACACUGGAAUACUAAGUGUGACAGGCUUGACUGCUUAUGCCGGCUUUUUUGAGAUAUGUUCGCCUAAAAAAGGAGAGGCAGUCUUUGUCUCUGCGGCUGCUGGUGCGGUUGGUCAGCUCGUGGGUCAGUUUGCUAAGUUGAUGGGAUGUUAUGUUGUUGGAAGUGCCGGAAGUAAGCAAAAGGUCGAUCUCUUGCUAAACAAAUUUGGAUUCGACGAUGCAUUUAAUUACAAGGAAGAACCUGACCUUGAUGCCACUUUAAAGAGGUGUUUACCACAAGGUAUUGACAUAUACUUUGAGAACGUGGGAGGCAAAAUGCUUGACUCGGUGCUAAUGAACAUGAAAGUACAUGGACGCAUCGCUGUAUGCGGUAUGAUAUCUCAGUACCAUACUGAAACCCAAGAAGGUAUUAAAAAUCUACCGGUUGUUGUCUACAAGAGGAUCAAGAUGCAAGGGUUUCUAGCUUUUGACUUCAUUGACAGAUUCCCUAAGUACUUAGAGUUUGUGCUUCCAUAUAUAAAAGAAAGGAAGUUGGUAUAUGUUGAAGACAUUGUGGAAGGUCUAGAGAAUGGUCCUGCUGCUCUUGUUGGACUCUUCCGUGGACAAAACAUUGGGAAGCAACAAAUCAAAAGGGGGAAAAGGAUAAACCCUAAUUCUUCAGAGCACCAUCGAUCGAUUCGAGUAGCAAUGGGGAUUCUAUCGUGGUUCACCGGAAGCCCUAAGCCUUCGCAGCCCGAGACGACGAAGACGGAGAUUAUCCAAACGCCGGCUCCUGGGAUGAACGGAGCCAUAGAAGUUCCUCGUCCCGAUCGCGCGACGGUUUUCGAGUUCGGCUCCGUUGCGGCUACAGGAGACAGAGUCACUCUCGCUGGAUACUGCCCUGUCUCCGACGAUCUCGAACCUUGCCGCUGGGAGAUUCUCCCCGCCGACGGUAAAGACGCGCCGCAGUUUCGCGUCGUGUUCUGAAGAAUCCAAAAGCAUCAUCUAUGGAUUGAGUUUCUAGAAGAUGUAAUUUUGUUAAUCUCCGAAAUUGUAUUGGUUUGGUUAUGUCGUGUCAAUGUACCAAUUUAAACCGAACAAGUUGUCACCUGAUAAGAUAUUAUUAAAUUGGUUUAUAUCAUUUUCGUA